CUCUCCACGUUUGCAGCUUUGGGAAGCCGGGACUUCAACGGAGGACCUCCUGACCCCCUCCUCCUCCUCCUCUCCUCCUCCUCGAGUCGCGCUCAUCUCUAUCUCUUGCUGCUAUGGAAGAGCCCGGAAUGCCGCCCGGCCGGAGGAGACACCGCCGCCGCCGCUGCUGUUCGCCGCUGCUCGUCGCCCUGCUGGUGAGCUGCGUGGCGUGUCAGGCUCCGCCGGUGCCGGCAGGGGAGUGGGAUGGCAAGGAUGUGCUGGUCGAGCGCAGCUCUGUGCCCAAGCAGUGUCCUCGUACCGUGCACUCCGGCGACUUCGUGCGCUACCAUUACCACGGCACUUUCCCGGACGGCAACAAGUUCGAUUCCAGCUAUGACAGGGGUUCCACAUUCAACGUGUUUGUGGGGAAAAGCCAGCUGAUCCCAGGAAUGGACAAAGCUCUAAUUGGCAUGUGUGUGAAUGAGAGGCGAUUUGUGAAAAUUCCACCCCAUCUUGGCUAUGGGAGUGAAGGAGUCUCUGGUGUAAUUCCUGCAAAUUCAGUGCUUCACUUUGAUGUGCUCUUGAUUGACCUUUGGAAUUCUGAAGACCAAGUUCAGAUUCAAACUUACUACAAGCCAGAAAAUUGCACAAGAACAGUUCAGGUGUCCGAUUUUGUGAGAUACCAUUACAAUGGGACAUUUUUGGAUGGAACACUGUUUGACUCAAGUCACAAUAGGAUGCGAUCAUAUGACACCUACGUGGGAAUUGGUUGGCUAAUCCCUGGUAUGGACGAGGGUCUCCUUGGAAUGUGUGUAGGAGAAAAGCGCAUAAUCACAGUACCUCCUUUCCUAGCAUAUGGAGAAGACGGAGAUGGUAAAGAAAUUCCUGGUCAGGCUUCUCUUGUCUUUGAUGUGGCUCUUCUAGAUCUUCACAACCCCAAAGAUAGCAUCACUGUUGAGCAGCAGUAUGUGCCUGAAUCCUGUGAGCGAAAAAGCCAAGUUGGGGACUUCCUCAGAUAUCAUUACAAUGGAACACUUCUGGAUGGCACAUUAUUUGAUUCCAGUUAUUCACGGAACAGAACUUAUGACACCUACAUAGGGAAAGGUUAUGUGAUUGCUGGGAUGGAUGAAGGCUUGCUUGGCAUUUGCAUUGGAGAGAAGAGGCGAAUAACUAUCCCACCUCACCUUGGCUAUGGCGAAGAGGGAAGAGGGAAUAUUCCGGGCUCUGCAGUGUUGGUUUUUGCCAUUCAUGUGAUAGACUUCCACAACCCUUCAGACUCUGUUGCCAUUACCACCCAUUAUAAACCUACUAACUGCUCUAUACUGAGCAAGAAAGGUGAUUACUUGAAGUAUCACUACAAUGCCUCACUCCUCGAUGGUACUUUGUUAGACUCAACGUUUAGCCUUGGCAAAACUUAUAAUAUAGUUCUAGGAUCUGGACAAGUUGUGUUGGGAAUGGAUAUUGGUCUCAGAGAUAUGUGUGUUGGAGAGAAAAGAACAGUUAUUGUUCCACCCCAUCUUGGUUAUGGAGAAGCUGGUGUUGAAGGAGAAGUCCCUGGUAGUGCUGUAUUAGUUUUUGACAUUGAACUACUCGACCUAGUGUCUGGAUUACCAGAAGGCUAUAUGUUUGUAUGGCAUGAUGAAGUUUCUCCUAAUCUCUUUGAAGAAAUUGACAAGGAUAACAAUGGAGAGGUUAUUCUGGAAGAGUUCUCGGUCUAUAUCCACGAGCAAGUCAAUUCUGGCAAAGGAAAAUUAGCUCCUGGCUUUGAUUCUGAAGGAAUUGUGAAAAAUAUGUUCAGCAACCAGGAUCGAAAUGGAGAUGGCAAGAUUACUGCAGAAGAAUUCAAACUGAAAGACCAGGAGCCAACAGUGCAUGAUGAACUGUAGAUUAGUUUUUAAAUAUUUUUUUUAUGAGCUGAACUGCUGUUAUGAUGUAUGCACCAUAGAAGCGGUUUGAAAUGUGUAUGUGUGCACACUUAAACUGAGGACAAUGGAAAGGAAUACCCAUGUCUCUGUAUAUGUGAAGUAGUAUCAGUAUACAGUAUCUCUGUAUGUGUGAAGAGAUCAUUAUACAGUGGAAGAUGCUUCCUGUGGCAUUUUUAUUAUAAAAUAUGAAGUGCCUCAAAAUUGGGUUUUUUUUAAAAUGCACAUUCCAUGUAUAGUGAAAUACAGCUUUUGUGGCACAUUGUGGAGAUAUGGAAGUUUAUGAUGGAUUUCCUAUGAAGUACAAACUUCUCUCAAAAACAUGCCUGUAUUUUGGCACUGUGCUCCGUUGUUUUGAAACCAUACCAUGGCACCAAAGUAACUGAGCAUAGAUCGUACACCUUAAGAAAGUGAGCCUCCUGUUUGAAACAGACUCCAAAUCUAAGCUCAGUUACUACUCCUGGAUAAAGGCAAGGAAUCCUGGGUCUAGUACUAUGGGAUCUACUUUACCACCUGUUUUGACAGCCAGUGUCCUACUCUGAUGUACUUUUUAAUAAGCUUUAUAGGUAUCCAGGAUUCAGCCUUUCCUACAUAUUUCAGUUGUAGUUAAUAAUACAAAAGACAUCCUGUCAAAUUACAAGAAGUCUGCAGUAGAGGGUUAAUUAUUUACAAACACAAAUUCCUCUUUCCCCCUGCUCCUGUUCUUUGAAAUAUGUACAUAUUGCAAAAAGAAAGCUGGUAUCAGUAGGAGGAAAAGAGAUGCUGAAAUAUGCAUGAUGACAUAUUGUUACUCCACAAACAACAUAUUGUUACUCCAUCUAUUUUGGUGUAAUUAGUAAUCCUCAGAGUAAAGAAUUCUUAUAAGUGGUCUUCAAAGAGCAUCUCAGGCCCAGUCUGUAAAAACACUGUAAAUGUGGUCAAAUAUUUAAAUUGAGAGCAUAAAUUAGACAAAAGUGACCUCUACAAAGCUUGGUGGCAUAAGGACAGUGGCUUACAUACUACCUAGUCAUCCCCCCACCCGCUCAUUGUAAGCAAGAUGUGCAUACACCACAAUGUUCUGCUCAAAAGCACAUGGAUGCUGGUUGUUUAAGCAGGGCAUCUCCAGGUCGACUAAGCACAGUGUCAUUGCUCUUCCAACCCUGCUCCCAGUAUUCCUAAUAGAAGCAAUGUUGGAUCAGUGAUAAAGCUGUACUUAAGAGGCUCAGAGGUGUCCUGCCAGUGCUUGUGUGCUUUAGAAUACUAUAGCCUGUAUGCAUAAGGAGUCUGCAUGAUCCACAACUGAAGCACUAGUUCAGGAUCAUGGAGAGUGGAGCAGGAGCUUUAAGAAGAGCCACCCCAUGCAGCUUCUUGCUGGGGCAACACUCACCCCAAGUUCCCCACCACCACCAUGGAGCAUCAGCAUGAAUAUGGCAUCAGAAUGUGUGUGGGCAUCAUUUAUGUGGUUAGCAUGGCGUUGCUGACCACACAAAUGGUGCCUGCACAUGCACAGAUGCAAUGUGCAUGCUGUUGAGCGCCACCCCAACAGGAAGGUUCAUGGGGUGGCAGAGAGCAGAUAAAGACCUGCUCUGAUCUUUCUUAAAGCUCCCACUCCCCACAGCACCAAACCCGUUCAUGCACACCCCUAAUGUGCAUUUCACUUAGAAUGUCAGGGACUGUGUCCUACAUAAGCCUGACACUAAUGGAAAUGAAUAGUGUUGUUCCUGGUGUAGAGAUAGACCUCCUUUCUUUAACUGUAUGAAUGGUGCUAGUUUUAAAUUUCAGCAAGCAAGUUUUGUAUUUUUUAAAAUACACUUUUUAAUUCUAAUAAUGCCAUGAGGAUUGUCAAUUGUGAUAAAAUUCUGGUAUUUUUAUUAAAUAAAAUAUUGACAAAUA